AUGUGGAGGCUGAAAAUCGCGGAGGGAGGCAGUCCAUGGCUGAGGACAGUGAACAAUCACGUCGGCAGACAGAUUUGGGAGUUCGAUCCCGACCUCGGAUCUCCCGAAGAGAUAAUGGAGAUUGACGAGGCUCGCAGCAAUUUCACUGACAAUCGAUUCCGGAAGAAGCACAGCUCAGAUCUACUCAUGCGCCUGCAGUUUGCCAAGGAGAACCCAGUUCCAGUGGUUUUACCUCAAGUUAAAGUUGAGGAAGCAGAAAAUAUUACUGAAGGGAUGGUCACUAAUACAUUACGAAGAGCUAUAAAUUUUCAUUCAUCCCUCCAGGCCCAUGGUGGGCACUGGCCAGGUGAUUAUGGAGGUCCGAUGUUUCUUAUGCCUGGCUUGGUAAUUACUCUGUCUAUCACUGGAGCACUGAAUGCAGUCUUAUCAGAAGAGCAUAAGAAGGAGAUGUGCCGUUAUCUCUAUAAUCAUCAGAACGAAGAUGGUGGCUGGGGCUUACACAUUGAGGGCCCAAGCACGAUGUUUGGUACUGUCUUGAGUUAUGUUACUUUAAGGUUGCUUGGUGAAGGAGCUAAUGAUGGGCAGGGGGCAAUGGAGAGAGGAAGAGAUUGGAUUUUGAGUCAUGGUGGUGCUACUCAAAUAACAUCGUGGGGAAAAAUGUGGCUUUCAGUGCUUGGAGUCUUUGAAUGGUCUGGCAAUAAUCCUUUGCCCCCUGAGAUAUGGCUUCUUCCAUAUACGCUUCCGUUCCAUCCAGGAAGGAUGUGGUGUCACUGCCGGAUGGUGUAUUUGCCGAUGUCUUAUUUAUAUGGAAAGAGGUUUGUUGGCCCAAUCACACCCACAGUUUUGUCUUUGAGGAAGGAGCUUUUUACUAUCCCGUACCAUGAAAUAGAUUGGAAUGAAGCGCGAAAUCUAUGUGCAAAGGAAGAUUUGUACUACCCUCACCCAAUGGUGCAGGAUAUUCUUUGGGCAUCACUAGACAAGGUUGUUGAACCUAUCCUAAUGCAUUGGCCUGGAAAGAAGUUGAGAGAAAAGGCUCUCCAAGCUGCAAUAGAACACAUACACUAUGAAGAUGAGAAUACUCGUUACAUCUGCAUUGGGCCUGUAAACAAGGUCUUAAACAUGCUUUGCUGUUGGGUGGAAGACCCCAAUUCAGAGGCUUUCAAAUUGCAUCUUCCAAGGAUUUAUGAUUAUCUAUGGCUUGCUGAAGAUGGCAUGAAAAUGCAGGGUUACAAUGGAAGUCAACUAUGGGACACUGCGUUUGCAGUUCAAGCAAUUAUUUCAACCAACCUCACUGAGGAAUAUGGCCCAACUUUGAGGAAGGCAAACACGUAUAUUAGGAACUCACAGGUUCGAGAAGAUUGCCCAGGUGAUCUUAAUUUUUGGUACCGUCACAUUUCCAAAGGUGCUUGGCCCUUUUCAACUGCAGAUCAUGGAUGGCCCAUUUCAGAUUGCACAGCAGAGGGACUAAAAGCUGCUCUUUUAUUAUCAAAAAUACCCUCAGAAAUUGUUGGAGAACCAGUAGAAGCAAAGUGGUUAUAUGAUGCUGUAAAUGUUAUUCUUUCACUUCAGAAUGCAGAAGGUGGCUUUGCAACAUAUGAGCUUACUAGAUCAUACAGUUGGUUGGAGCUGAUCAACCCUGCAGAAACAUUUGGUGAUAUUGUUAUAGACUAUCCUUAUGUGGAAUGUACCUCAGCUGCAAUUCAAGCUUUGACAUCUUUUAAUUAUUCUUAUCCUGGGCAUCGCCAAGAGGAAAUAGACCAAUGUAUCCAGAAGGCAGCCAAGUUCAUUGAAAGUAUACAAGCUUCAGAUGGCUCAUGGUAUGGCUCAUGGGGAGUUUGCUUCACCUAUGGUACGUGGUUUGGAGUGAAAGGAUUGGUGGCUGCUGGAAACAACUUCAAUAACUGUUCUAGCAUUCGCAAAGCCUGCGAUUUUCUGCUAUCCAAAGAGCUUCCCUCAGGUGGCUGGGGAGAAAGUUAUCUGUCAUGUCAAAACAAGGUUUACUCAAAUAUUGAGGGCAACAGGCCACAUGUGGUAAAUACUGGCUGGGCUAUGUUGGCUUUAAUGGCUGCUGGGCAGGCUGAGAGAGAUCCAACACCACUGCACAGAGGAGCUAGAUGUUUGAUAAAUUCCCAAAUGGAGAAUGGGGAUUUUCCACAACAGGAAAUUAUGGGAGUGUUCAACAAGAAUUGUAUGAUCACAUAUGCUGCAUAUCGAAACAUUUUCCCCAUUUGGGCAUUGGGAGAAUAUCGUACUAAUGUUUUGGGCAUUUAGCAAUCCUUAGACAUUAAGGAAGGGGAGGGGAGUCAGAGAGUUAAUAAAUUAAGCACAUUUCCAACUAGUUUUGGUAAUUAGAAUAAGGGAAUUAGGCAAGCCGGAUUUUUUUAGUAAUGUUUAUAUACAGGAGGAGAUGCCAAACCCAAUCCGGAGGAUUUCUCAUACUACAAAAAUACUAUAUUUAUUUAUAUAUAUGGAUGUUGGAAAAA